GCCAUAACAUAGUCCAUGGCAUACCUGUUUGGAUAUUGGUUUAGCAUGACAUAUCGUCUUUUAUCCUAUGAAAACUCCUCCAAUCAUGUCACAAAAGGGGAGGAGUUGUGACGUCAGAGGGGCUGUUGCAGCACACGGUGAAGUAACGUUAGCCGAAGAGGCUGAGGGAUGUCGACUAACUAAACGUCUGGUAGGGGGCGCUCGCUGUCAUAAACCGCCGUGUAGCGCUCGCUCUGCUAGCUUUCCCGUCAGUACGAGACUACGCGAGCGAGAGAGAGGCACAGCGCUACAUUAUGUAGUGCGAGGCGAUGGGAAAGGUUGGACGUUGUUGUGUUGUCAUUUGUCCACGGAGGAUGUGAUUCUGGUUUAGAAACAUGAAGUGUGUACAACGGUGGACGUUCCACGCCAACCUUGGUUUGUGUUUGGUGGUGUUUAUUGCACUCAGCCAUAUAGACUUUUGUGUCGCCUGUCCAAAGGAUUGUUUUUGUCCUCAGCAUAGUAAUAAUGUGUAUUGUUCAAGGAAACAUUUACCGGCUAUUCCCAUGGGGAUCCCGUUUAACACAGUGGAGCUCAACCUAAACGAGAAUGAAUUUCAGAACCAAGUUCUCUCACGAAGGAAUUUUACAAAUUUGAAUAAUUUAGAAAAUUUGUACUUGAGUAAUUGCGGGAUCAAAACGAUCACUUUGGAUACAUUCAAAGAACUGAAAAAGCUCAAGUGGUUGGACAUUAGCAAGAAUAAUAUUGAGUUCAUUGCAGACUUCACAUUCCGUGGCCUAGAUCUGGAACAUUUAUUUAUGAACGAUAACCCCGGGAUCCAGCUGUCUAACAAGGCGUUUGAUGGACUGUCAUCUCGAGGUUUGUAUAUGCACAGGUGUGACUUGGUCAAUCUAUCGAAAGAGGUGCUCCGGCCUUUAGAUGGGACACUUCUAGCGCUAUGGUUGGACGAAAACAAAUUCGAGCAGUUUCCGUUUACGUGGCUGCAAAAAUUUAAUCUGAGUCAUCUUCGACUCGGAAACAACCCGUUCCAUUGUAACUGUGAAAUAACGUGGCUAUACAAAUAUUACACUGGAAAUCCGUCAGUAUUUUCAGGCGGGGUUGUGCCAUCAUGUAGUUCGCCAGUGCUCAACAGAGGGAAAAUGUUCACACAGCUCAAAGCUGAGGACUUUAGAUGUGAGUUGCCGACGUUCAAAACCGUGGAGGCUGUGUUUGACGUGGACCUUGCUAAACUUUCCUGCACUGCUAGCGGCGACCCCACCCCAUCCGUGUUCUGGGUGCGUCCAGACGGUACCACGGAGACAUUCUACCCUCCCACGGAGGACGACGUCAGGGACAACGACGGCAUCAUGUACGUGACAGAUCUUCACCUAAAGGACAACUCUAUAUUCAAAUGCGUUGCUAGCAACCCAGCAGGCAAUGUAACCUUCACCCUCAACGUUGUCUGGCCCCCCGAGAAAACCACCUCCACAGGGGUAGCCCCCCAGAACCCCUCCCCAGCCACCGUGCCCCCGAUCAGUGACUCCAGGCCUGGGGAGGAUUCUUAUGGAUGGACGGCUAAUAAAGCUGAAAAGAAAUUAGGAGUUAUGGCUGACCAUAACUCCGUGGAAGGAUACUUCACAAUAGUUGAUAUUGUUGGAGCAGUUGUAGGAACAUUCCUCUUAACACUGUUGGUGUGUGUUGUAGUGUUCCAUUUUUAUUACAAAAGAAGAGAACGUUUAAAGUACGAGGAAACACAAGUGAGAAACGACAAAAAACGCAGCCCGAACAAUUUAUAUAACUAUAUGGCUGAACCCGACGAGAACUGUUUGAAAAUGAUAAACCAUUCAAACGAUACAAGUAUUCCAAGCUGAGGACGGGCUGUGAUGGAGUUUUUAGUUGACACACGCUACAGUCCGGUCGAGCGGACCGGGAAAUUUCGGAAACAAUGGCCAGAGAAGUGGUCAGUUCGAAACAGAUCCUUUCAAGCCCGGAGAAGAUUAGAGGGCAGGGGAAUAACAACUGCUUGAGGUGGAUUUGCAAAGGAGGGCAACUAUUCUCGCAGGAGAAAGAAUGAUUUAUUUUUCUACAAAGGAAAUCGUUUCGCAGAGAUUAUUAAUGUUAAAGUUUUGGCUUAAUCGAGCAAGUAAAAUAGCCCUGGAUCGGCAGAAGCCUAAUGUGAAGAGUGUGAUGUUGGUGUUGAUGUCGGUGUUGAUGUUUGUGGACAGUACAGCCUCUACCUAUCGUGUCUUCACACCCGGACUAAAACACUGUUGACGUGCGUUUAAGUGCUUUCUCCUUCCCCCAUGUUCCGACAGGGAGUUGCUGUACGUCUCUACCUAUGUCUUAUGUUGGAAGAAUUCUCAGAAUUAUUGAACAAAUAUAACACGUGGAUUGCUUUUCAUUCUGAAGUGCUGGGAAAAUGGUCUUUGUGAAAAGUAUACGGCUUGAAUAUGUGAUAUUGUGUGUUCUGGCGCUCCGGUAGUUUGUGUUGAGUGGACGCAAGGAAGUGGUGUGUGUGGUGUUCAUCCAGAGUCACCCCAGCGUCUCGUGAGGGCGGGGUCGUCCCCUCCCUUGUGGACGUUUUGUACGUGACAACAUCAUCAGUGACUUCAUUCUACGUGACCAUGACAUGUGAGGACAUUACGGUGACGUAACGUUACAGAGUGCUAACGAUGGAGGCCUUCAAUACGGCUCGCUAUGUAAAUAUUUAGGUAAAUGUUGGUCUCGGUUUGUCAAUGGCUGCUUCUCUAUUAAGUCUUUGCAUAGAUGAUGGCUUGCCAGGAGUAAACAGAAAACAAACAAUUAAUAAUUAUUGAUUUUCAAAAAUAAAUAAUUAUUGAUUUUCAAUCAGUUAUCAGUGCAUUAAUAGGAGAUUGUGUUGGCUGACAAAAUUAUUGGUAAUGAUCGCUUAAAAAUUAUUUCUAUGAGAAUAUCUUAAGGAAAGAUUGUAAUUCUGUUAUAUCUAUACCAAAUUUAUGUAUGUGAUAUAAGAUAAUUGUUCAGCAUCUUUACAUUUCAAAUGUUAAUUUCGGAAAUAUUCAUAUGUUUGUUUAAACUUGAAAUGAUAUUGUUACAAAAUAUUACAUGUACCUUUUUUCGAUAAUUUGAAAACGACCAGUCUCCAGUGUUUGCUUUUGAAUAUUUCUUGUUUUUUACAUUCGCGUUCAUUUAAAGAAUAUAUUAAACAAACAGAAAGGAAUGUUUGUAAAAAAUGUUUUUCGAAAGUUCAGUAUCUUCAUUACUGUCAAGUUCAUUAAAGUCAAUCUCGGCUAACCAGCAAUCAUCGUA